AUGGACGUUCCUCAACAGACGGAUUGGUAUUUGCAAUCAAUUACAGCCGCCCUGAAGAGACUCAAUGCUGCCGCGAAUGAAUGCCAGGAAAGACUUCUUACUCACCACGACGGAAGUAUAAAGGGCAUUAGUGCCAAUCAGAUCGCGCAUGAUAACCUCGUAAUGGAGGCCUCCAAGUUCCUCCAGACCGCGCAGGGUCCAAUCGAUACAGUCGCCACUUGCUUUGAACGGACAGCCCAUUUAGCAUGUGCCCGGUCAUUGCUGGAGAUGGGGGUAUUCGAAGCGCUUCCAACCGGCAAGGAGUCCCGGGGUACAAGGAAUCUUGCGGAAGAGCUGAAGGUCGACGAGACUCUGCUAGCUCGAUUAAUGAGGAACUCCGCGCUUUUUGAGGAGACUGGACCGGGUCAAUACAGACAUACUCCGUCCUCAGAAGCCUACCUCAAACCUGAAAUUCGAGGCAUGUUUCGUUUUGCAAUGGAUGAGCAUAUGCCAGCCCAUAUUAAGAUGCAUGAAUUCCUGAAGCGCAAUUCAUGGAGGGAGCCAACAUCGACUAGUAAUAAUCCGUACACCUAUGCUCACGAUACGAAUGGCAAGAGCAUGUGGGAAUACCUGUCUGAACGGCCUACAAGAAUGGCAUCUUUCAAUGUAGGUAUGACAUUUCAGGCAAUGACCGAGUUGUGGAUGAUUGACCUCUUCCCCUGGGAAAGUCUAUCAAGCCUGGAUCCCACCCCUACAACAGUGGUUGUGGUGGAUAUCGGGGGCGGCACUGGGAAAGGAAUCUCGCGCAUCUGGUCUCACUGCGGUGAUCUGGCUGGUAGAUUCAUUCUUCAGGAUCAGGCGCAUGUAAUCCAAGCUGCAGGUUCACUUGGCGACAGGAUUGAGAAGAUGGCAUGUGAUUUCUCUCAGGAUCAACCUGUUCGAGGAGCUCUUACCUACCUUAUACGCCGCUGUCUCCACAACUGGCCUCAGGAGAGUAUUGUCGAGAUCCUGAGGAACGUCGCCGCAGCAAUGCGGCCAGAAAAGUCCCGGCUUCUGAUUGAGGAAAUCAUAGUUCCUGAUACCAACCCCGGUACUGAGGAAGCAUGGAUGGAUAUGAUAAUGAUGAACCUCGGUGCGAAACAGAGAACAUUGAAGGAGUGGAAUGAAGUUCUUGAUUCGGCCGGACUUAAACUCAAGGAAGUUUAUCAAAUUCCUGGAAACUGCCACGGUCUCCUUGAGGCCUGGAUCAAAUAA